UGCUUUAGUGACACUGGAACUAAACCUCCAGAGAGUGGUAUCUUUGGUUUUAUGAUUAAUAUUUCAGCACUUUUAGGUGUAAUUACAAUGUACAUCAGAUAUUUAUUAAUAGAAAAGCAAAAUGAGUCAUCACACUUUGUUAGGUCUUCGUGCAACAUGUUUUCAUUAUGUAUUGGAUUGAUGGGCUGUAUUGGAAUGGGCAUAGUUGCAACUUUUCAGGAGCUGUCUGUUCCCAGUGUCCAUGACAUAGGAGCUUUGGUGGCAUUUGGAUCGGGUGUUGUAUACAUUACACUUCAGUCUAUAAUCUCUUACAAGUCCUGUCCACAAUGGAACACUUACUUUGUGUGUCACAUAAGGAUGGCCAUAUCUGUAAUAUCAUGCAUUGCUUUCAUUCCAAUGAUUGUGUUUGCCUCACAAAUUUCCAUGACAAAAAUUGAUUGGAGUCCAGGUGAAAAGGAUUAUACUUAUCAUUUUAUGAGUGCGAUCUGUGAAUGGACGGUGGCCUUUGGUUUUAUCUUCUUCUUUUUAACAUUCAUUAGAGAUUUUCAGAGAGUUUCUUUAAGGAUAUCAACAGAAAUACAUGAAGACUCCUGAUAGUGGAAAAAAAAAUACUUGAAUAUUCUAGGUUUCUUUUUACUUAGAAAAUGUUGCAGAGGGACAAGGAUUUAUAAAGUUGUAUAAAGAACUGAUACCAUUAACACCACAACAUCUGUAACAGCAUCCACUAAAACAUUUUAAAAACUCACAGCAAUGUUACUGCUACCUUUUUUCAAUAUUUUGUAUUUUUUGUACUGUUUGAUAUAUUAAAAAUACUGUAAUAGAAGCAAUCUGUAGAAGCACUUGAAAGUCAUCCAAAGACUUUUGAUCUCCUCAGCUCUUGCCUUUUGCACAUAUCCAUACUUUUUCAUUUGUUAUAGUCUCAUUAAUAACAUUAGUUUUAAACUUGAGAAAGUACAUUUUGCAAAUGGUUAGGAAACACUAAGGCCGAAUUCCUACUCUGAUAAGUUGCAAGGACUGUGGAGGAAGGUGUGAGCAGAAAGAGGCAUCUUUGUUUCAAGACUAGAAAUUUGCAGUUAGUGGAUGGCAACGCUAUGCUACAUGUUUCUGAUACUGGACACUGUAUAAACAUACAAAUCCUAGGAGAAGUUUAGACUAUAUUUCUUGAAAAAUGUUUUCUAAUCAUCACGGCAAUGCAUGUUGUAAAAGUCUACCCUCUUUUCCCCUUUAUGCACUGCUAGCCAUAGGAAUCUUGAAGUGGGAAUAGAAAGUAAAUUUACAUUUUUGCACGAUCUGCUAAAGGGGAAUCUUACUGCUAUUUGGUUAAUACAAAGCAGAAGAUUUCCAGCCUGUGUUUUAGCCUGCAGUGAUGGAAUGAAGAGGGCUUCCAAAAUGUCAUUGGGAGUGAAUGGAAAACAAGAAGAGGCACCAGUAGUUUUCAGGUGUUCAGUUAUAUCUGUAUGAGAAAUUAUAUAUAUAUAUAUAUAUAUAUAUAUAUAUAACUGAAGGAAAAAAAAUUCUGGAGAGCUUCUGUAGUGAAGAUACGGCAUAUUUGCUGCUAUAAACUUAUUUCUGUAAUGAAAAACUUAGAACUAACUGAGAAGUCAGAUGUUACAAGUGUCUGGAGGCAAAAGGGUCUUGCGUGUACAGAUUCACUACCUCCAUUUAGUGUAUUAACCACUUGGCUAUCAGUCAGGUUAUCUGAAUAUUACAUUUGCUGUGGUCUAUCACAGUUUAUCCAGAAAUAUUGAUGAUUUUCAUUUGCUAAUUUUCAAUGAGAUAAAGCAAGUGUAUGUUUUGGAGAGUCAUGUUUUAAGACUAGUAAUCUGUUGAUAUUUUCUUUAAUGUGUACUUUAAACUAUUAAA